ACAAAAUCUUCACUCUUUAUAUGUAUUGACUCAUACUUUUCCUUCAUCCACUUCACGUUUUCUGUUUUGUUCUUUUCUUGUUCCAACUUCCAAUACUUCUUAUAUAACGUGCAAAUAAGCUUGAAGAUUCUUUGCACAUAUUUUGGGUUUUGCAAAUUUUAUUUUCGAAAAUGGCCCAAAAUUGUGAGUUUUCAUCAUGUUUGGAUUCAAAAGAAGUUCAUGUUCUUGCCGUUGAUGACAGUCUUGUUGAUAGGAAAGUCAUUGAAAGGUUGCUAAGAAUCACUUCUUGCAAAGUGACGUCAGUUGAUAGUGGGAGAAGAGCUUUGCAGUAUUUAGGUCUACAUGAAGAGGAAGGCUCUGCUAAUUAUAAUGAGAUAAAAGUGGAUCUGAUUAUUACAGACUAUUGCAUGCCUGGAAUGACCGGCUUUGAGUUGCUGAAAAAGAUAAAGGGUUCCUCCACUUUUAGAGAAACACCAGUAGUGAUCAUGUCAUCAGAGAACGUUGUGGCUCGGAUUGACAGAUGUUUGGAAGAGGGUGCCAAAGAGUUCAUAGUGAAGCCUGUGAAACUAUCCGACGUGGAACGACUCAAGAGCUCUAUGUUUGGCCAAGCUCGAAUUCAAGGAUUAAAUUGAAAUCUUAAUACAGAUUUUUAGGAAAGUAAAGACAUUUUUAGAAAUGAUUUUUAUUUAAUUCAAAAUUUUAAUUUCAUAUAGAAUGUGUGCAAUGUUAAUUAUAACUAGUAUCACCCCA